AUGGUCAGUUUUGAAAAUGCACCGCUCUACCUGCACCUCGCGCGCACGCGGAACACCCGAGACGCGGCGAUCGUGCGCGUACAUCUCUACGAGUGGUUCCGGCUCGGGCCCGCCGAGGUGAUCAAGGCACCUCGCGAGCACCUGUGCAGAACGUACAGCUCCUUCAACGAGGCGGCUGCCUUGGUCAGCCGCGAGCUGUACGGCGAGCUCCUCGUCUUUUGGGAGGCGUGGGAGAUCUACGUCCGCUUGGGUCCCGUCCAGCGCGAGCACCUCGGCACGCUCGAGUGCCGCGUCUUCGUCCACUCCCGCAAGGCGCUCUACACCCGGGCGUCGCCACGGCUCGCGGCGCACGCUGUCGUGCCUCUCCCAGAGGAGGACGGCACGGGCGAGUGGGUCCAGAUCGGGCUGCUGCGGCCGUUUGUGCCUCCCGGGAUCGUCAUCUCGCGCGCUGAGGUCGAGGCCAAGGUCGAGGAACUCAUCUCGGAGGGGCGGCACAACAUGUCGCGCAACAGCGGGGGCGCGCGAGGCCGCAGGCAUAAGGGGGUGCACCGGCCCGAUCAGCAAGCGGAGGGCGGAUGCCCGGACGGGCACGCCGCACCCGCUUCGCGCCUCGGCGGCGAACGUGCGCCUGCGGCGGACGAGCGCGGCGCCUCGUCGGAGCUGGCCGUGCUCGACAGGGAGAUGCCGCGCGACCUCGCCGGGCCGGGCGCGCGGGAGGCGCAGCUCGAGCGGCGGCUGCAGCCGCUCGGGGAGGCCCUCUCGGCCCUCGCUCGAGCGACCCAGCUCGAUGAUCUCGGCGCUUCGUGCCCGCUGCCGCCGACGGAAUGCUCGGGUGUCGGGGCGGCAGCGCCAGCGCCAGCGGCGGCGGAGGAGCCGCAGCCCGUCGUCGGCGCCUCGAUUGCGUGGGCGGCAGCGUCCCGGCUCCGACCACCACGGGCUCACAGACAAAUGCCAGCAGUUUCGCCGGGGUGCAAGUUUGUCUUCCGAUGCGCGCAGUGCAACACCAUGCUCGCGCUCGCGCUGCCUGCUUCCUACGUCGGGAACACGGGCUUUCUGGUCGCGUGGAAUGGCGCCACCGCUGACAGGAACCCGCUGCUGCUGCGGCGGCUGGAGGAGGCCGUUCAGUACGUGGUUGGGUUCCACGGGUACUUGCAACGGGGGGUGGGGGAUGCCGCCACGCUGCUGCUGCUCGAGGGCGCGCUCGAGGGCGCUUCGCCCGGCGAACGGGGGAACCCAGAGCAGUGGGAGUGGGAGGGUGGCGACUGGAUGCGGGCAACGAUGCAGGGUUGGCGGUCUGAUGAUUAUGGUUAA